AUGACAUGCACUGCUAUAAAUCACUCCACUGACUUUCAUACAAUGACAGAACCAACUCCAAAGAGGCAACAGACAACCAAACCAAAGAAAACAUGGAUCAUUAAUGCUUUUGAAAAUGCAGCUUCAGGUCAUCAAUUCCCAGGUCAAUGGAAAUCACCAGAAGAUCAAUCAAAAAAUUAUAAAGACUUGGAAUAUUGGACUUCAUUAGCCCAACUAUUAGAAAAGGGGAAAUUCCAUAGUGUAUUCAUUGGUGAUGCAUUAACUAUUUAUGAUGAUUAUAGAGGUUCAGAAACUGAAUCUGGUCAUAAUUUAGCACCUGCUUUAACUUCUGGUUUAAAUGUUCCAAAAAAUGAACCAAGUGCUCCUGUUACUGCAAUGGCUGCUGUCACUAAGAAUUUAGGUUUUGGUUUAACUUUUAGUACUAUAAGUGAACAUCCUUAUCAUUUUGCAAGAAGAUUAGCUACAUUAGAUCAUUUAACAAAAGGUAGAAUUGGAUGGAAUAUUGUUUCAAGUUAUUUGAAUAGUACUGCAAGACAAUUAUUAAAUGGUGGACCAUUACCUGAACAUGAUGAAAGAUAUAUCAAAACCGAGGAAUAUGUUCAAAUUGUUUAUAAAUUAUUACUAUCAAGUUGGAGAGAUGAUGCUGUUGUUUAUGAUUUAAAACGUGAAUUUUUCGCAGAUCCUGAUUUAGUUCGUGAAAUUAAUCAUGUUGGGAAAUAUUUUAAUGUUCCAGGUCCUGCUAUUAAUGAACCUAUCCCACAAGGAUUCCCAUUAGUGAUUCAAGCUGGUACUUCAUCAAAGGGGAAAUUAUUUGCAGCUGAAAAUGCAGAAGUUGUAUUUGUUGGUGGAAGAAAUUUAAAAAUUCUGAAAAAAUCAAUUGCAGAUAUUAAAUAUUUAGCUGUAGAAAAAUUUGGUAGAGAUCCAAAUCAUAUUAAAUUUUUAACUCAAAUUACUCCAAUCUUGGGUAAAACACAUGAAGAAGCCCAGGAAAAAUUUGAUGAUAUUUUAAAAUAUGUUGAUUUAGAAGGUGCACAAGCUUUAUUUGCCGGUUGGACUGGUAUUGAUUUAAGUGAAUAUGAAUGGGAUGAAGAAUUGAAAUACGUUAAAUCAAAUGGUAUGAGAUCUUUAGUUGAUAAUUUAACCAAAAAUAAUCCAGAUUUAAAAGUUACAAGACGUUCACUUGCUCAAGAUACUGCAAUUGGUGGUUCAACAACUAAAGAAUUCAUUGGAACUCCACAAGAAGUUGCAGAUACUUUAGAAGCAUGGGUUGAAGAAACUGGAUUGGAUGGUUUCAAUUUUGCAUAUGCAAGAUGGCCAGGUACUUUUAAAGAUAUUGUUGAAUUAUUAAUACCAGAAUUACAAAAAAGAGGUGUUGCACAAACUGAAUAUUCAGUUAAUGGUGGUACUUUUAGAGAAAAUGUUUAUGGUUUAAAAGGUCAAACUUAUUUACCAAAAGAUCAUCCUUUUUAUAAAUUAAGAUGGUCAAAUGGGUUAUCAAAAGAUGAAUUUGAACAAGAAUUGAAAAUUUUUCAAAAGGAAAGAGAUGAAAAAUAUGAAAGAAUCAUUAAAGAAUUGAAAGAAGAAGGUAAAUUGUGA